AACUGCAAGUAUUCCACUGAGCAGAACUGCUCAAAAGCAGCUGCUCCUGUCAACGACGGUGAACAAAGUGGUCCUAAAUGAAUCAAAUCCCAGGAUGGAGUCGAGUGGAAAACCUUCAGUGGUGGAGAUGGUGGUUUUAGCCACCAGCUCUGCUCUGACUGCUGUAUUUUAUUCCAUUUACAGAAGCAGAGCUAAAACUGCUACCCAUUUAAAGGAAGCUAAAAAAAUCUCCAUUGAUCAGGAUUUAAAAGCCAUCCUGUCUGAAACCUCUGGGAGAUGCAUCCCAUAUGCCGUCAUAGAAGGUUUGGUGAGAUCAGUGAAGGACACUCUGAACAGCCAAUAUGUCGAUGACUGCAAAGGAGUCAUCGAGAGGCUGACUCUGAAAGAGGAGAAGAUGGUGUGGAAUCGCACCACUCACUUAUGGAAUAGCACAGAGAAAAUCAUCCACCAGCGCACCAACACCGUCCCGUUCGCGCUCGGGUCUUACAACGAAAACAUCUCCACCACGGUGCGGGUUGUUCGUCCCUUGGACGCGGUAGAGCUGGACCUGGAGACCACCUACGAGAACUUCCACCCCACGGUCCAGUCCAUGUUCAACCUCAUCAGCCACUUCAUCAGCGGAGAGCGGUCCAAAGGGAUCCACGAAAUGGAGGAGAUGCUGCGCGUGGGCGACAGCGUGACGGGCGUGGGCGAGCUGGUCCUGGACAACGACCUGAUCAAGCUGCAGCCGCCGAAGCAGGACUUCUGUUACUUCCUCACUCGGCAGAACUACGAGUCCCUGUUGAGGAAACAGACGAGCGGCGUGAGGGUGUGGAGGAUCCUGUCCUACGUGUUCGGGCUCGCCGCCUGUUCCACGCUCCUCUACGUGCUGUGGAAGUGGUACGUUCACUGCCGGGAGAGCAGGAAGCGGCGGAGUGUCGAGGAGGAGUUCAAGGAGCAGCAGAGGAGGCUCAUGCGUGAGCUCCAGAUAGAGGAGGGCAGCUUCUCCGCCACCAGCUGCGUCGUGUGUCUGAGCCGGGAACGCGCUCUCGUGUUUUUGGAGUGCGGUCACGUGUGUGCCUGCGGCCCCUGCUACGAGGCCCUGCAGGAGCCAAAGAAAUGCCCCAUCUGCAGGGCGACUAUCGACAGAGUGGUGCCUCUUUACAACAGUUAAAGUUGCAGUUAGUCGGAAUUUCCCAGGCUUGAAAAGGGGGAUUUACGCGAGCAACGAUGGCGACAAGUCACCUUGGCUGAACUGGAGUUGAAUGUUGAAAUCAAAUUUGUAAGCUAAUUCAUAUUGAUUCAGAAAUGGUGUCAUCUGGAGAGAGAAAAUUGAAUCUCUUUGUGCUCAGGCUUACAAAUAUUGAUCCAAUUCUUGGCCCCACUUCCACAGAGGACUUUACGCUUAAGGGCCUUUACUCUUGUAGUCAUUAAAGCCUUACAUUUGGUCAGCA